AUGUUCAGGGAAGCCUUUUCAAAACGACUGCUCCACCUGCUGAGCGUAAACCGAAUGAUGUUCCGUGGCCCGUGUAAGUGCGCGUACCAUUUUCAGAAAACGAACAUUCCCAGAAAGGGGGGAUAUGCUGCGCAUGUGAAAGGGGAGGGAGGAACCAAGCGCCUGGAGCACUUGGUGGUGAGGAUAAGUCGCAAUAGGAGAAGUGACCCGUUUGAGGAGUCGGGGGGGGAGAGAGUGGCGCCCCGUCCGGCGGAUAGCCAAGCCGAAUAUGGGGCAAGGUUCAGUACUAAUGGUGGCACAGAUAAUGGUGGACACUUUACGGCCAGUCCUAGCCCAAAUGAUGAAAGUGAAAAGAGUGGGAAGGAGUAUCUGCUGAAUGAAUUGAAUGAGUUUGUCUCCGUGGGUAAGCGGAGAGAGGAAGGUGGCGGUACGGUGAAAUCCUCCACCCAGGGUGAAAACCCCAACGAGAGUGGACACCUCACACAGGAUGACCCCCCUGGACAGCGUGAACACCCCGUGGGCGUCGAUCACGAUGAAGAAGUAAAGUUGGAAAGGCUAUUAAAGAAGAGACAAGGAAUAAAAAGAGACAUCGUAACAAUAACGGAAAAAGCAAGGGAUGAAAUAAAAAAACUGAUCAAAGAAUAUCACAGUAAAGAAGAUAAGGACACAAAUUAUGUUUUAAAGUUAUUCUACAUAAUUAAGGGAUGUAAUGGAUUAACACAUUCCUUCAACUUCGUCCAUAGGAAUGAGCUGCAUGUGAAUGAUGAGCUUAUUUUCGAAGACGAAUCUAGGAAGAAUAUCCUUCUAGCCAUUGAUAGUAAGUGUGUACUCUACGUUAUUAACACUACGCUUGAUUAUUACAGGGACGACCUGACGGAGCGGUUCAUCUUCACCAACCCGAACGUCACUUCCGUUUGUCCCUGCGGGACGAGCUUCCACUUUAACCCAGGCGGGAGUUGA